AAUCCACAGCAGCCCAUCAUUAAUAUUUCUGGAGGUUUAAAGACCGGUGACAGCAUUACAGUAGUGUGUUACACCUUACACACCUGUCCAUACAGAAAACCAAACAUCAUUCUGAAGGGUGUAGAAGGAUCUGAUAAAAUAGAUGAUGUCCGUAUGGAAAAUGGUCAAUGGAAAACCACUCUGACACGCACCGGUGUUGUGAAGGCUGAACGCUCAGAUAUUGAGUGUACUGUAACACAUCAUGGAGGCAUAAAAACAAGAGCUACAAAAUCACAAAGUGCAAAAUGUGUCCAUUCUAGUAUAACCAUUGAGCCUAAACUGGCAGAUAUUACAGAGGGUGUUGAAAAGACCUUCACUUGUACCGUCCACCAUUCCUGCCAGACGAAUCCUCCGAUCCUCUCCUGGAACUAUGAGAAUAUGCCGAUCAAAAAUGGAAAGAAACAACUUACAGGGUUUGAAUGGGCCACCUUUUCCACCAUAACCUUUUUGGGGGCAAAGAAAGACGAUGGGAAGAAAUUAAUCUGCACUACAAAUAUUUCUGGACAGAAAAUCACAAAAUCUGUUGACCUUCAUGUACAACAUUCUUUUACAGAGUCUCCAAAACCAGUGACUCCAGUCCAGAAUAAAUGUAUGUGUUUCACAUUUGUCCUGUAG